CUUUCAUCUUUGCAUAUAAAUAUUAUUUUCAACAAUAAUGGACGAUAAAAAUACCAGUACGUCAGAUCCCCCAUCAUCUGAAAAUUACAUUCGUAUACCUAAUAACACACAUCCAUAUUACGGUUCCUUUUCUUAUCCCGAUGAUACUUUUGUUCCCACUGAUUUGAACAUGUCGCGGGUUUCCAGCCAAAUGACUGAAUUAUCUCGUACACAGACCUUUCGCACGGCAGUGGAAUCUAUGGCGGAGUCAUUUUCUCGGGCAUCUGUAAUGUAUAUGGCUGAAAAUAUAAUAGUAAAUCAUCAUUUUCAUCAACAGCAUUAUCCAUCUCAAGAGGAUGAUUUACAACAUUAUCAACAAGAUUUUGACACUAAAUCCCAUCAUCAUACAUUACCACCAUCUACUUCUACCCUUGAUUUGGAUAGUACUUUCUCUGAACAUAUGGGAGAAUCAAUGUAUGGUCUUUUUCCUGGUUUAUCACGGCACACUACUGUGGCAUCGCUUAUGUCUGACUAUAAUGCUUCACCAAUAUCAUCGUCUACUUGUUUGCGUUCUACUUUUCUUCAGUCUAUUUUCAAUGCAGUCAAUGUGCUGAUUGGCGUGGGAAUCUUGGCUUUACCUUUAGCAUUCCGUUUAGCAGGUUGGGUCUAUGGAUCUGUCAUUCUUUUAUUUUGUUGCCUAGCCACCAACUAUACAGCCAAAAUAUUGAUCAAAUGUCUCGAAGUUCAACCAGGUGCAACUACCUAUGGUGAUAUUGGUGCUGUGGCAUUUGGACAUCGUGGACGUGCUUUCAUUGGCAGUGUUUUUAUUGUAGAACUUCUCACUGUUGGUGUGGCUAUGGUCAUUUUAUUAGGUGAUGCCAUUCAGUCUCUUUUCCCAUUAAUUCCCAUGAUUCAAACACGAAUCAUCUCCUUUUUUCUUCUUACUCCUACUUUGUUUUUCCCUAUACGUCAUUUGGCUUAUGCAAGUUUUAUUGGGAUUGUCAGCUGCAUUUGUCUUUUAUUGAUUGUUUUGUAUGAUGGAGUAGAGAAAGAAGAAGCUCCAGGUAGUCUAUGGUAUCCUGCGCCUACUGAAAUGUUUCCAAGCAGUUAUUAUGGACUUCCCAUCUCAUUUGGUUUGAUCAUGAGUGUCUAUACAGGAGCAGCUGUUUUUCCAUCUCUUUAUCGUGAUAUGGAUGAACCAAAGAAAUAUAAUCAAGUGGUAAAUCUUAGUUAUUUGAUUACAACUGCAAGUUAUGUAUUGAUGGCAUGGGCUGGUUACACCAUGUUUGGUACCUCAACUAUGAAAGAAAUAACGCAGAAUUUGGCAGUGACAGAAGGAUUCAAUCGUGCAUUAAAUCGAACAGUUCUUUGGCUCGUAUUUUUAACACCGAUUGCGAAAUAUGGCGUAAUGAUGAAUCCUCUACAAGUAACUUGGGAACAUUGGUUACUUUCCAAACCAACGAUUGAAAAAUGGAGUCAUACACGUAUGGGCAAAUCAUUGAUUUCUUGGACAAGUCGACUUUUGCUUCAUGCUUUCAUCGUUUAUAUUGCCAUCAUUUUCCCUGGGUUUGAUAAAGUUAUGUCUUUAUUAGGAGCUUUAUUCAGUUUUGGGAUUUCAGCCAUUUUUCCAUUGGCAUGUCAUCUUAGUUUAUUUGGACAUUCAAUGACUUAUUCUCAAUAUAUUUUGGAUUGGUUGAUCAUGCUCAUCGCCAUUUCCAUGGCAGCCAUUGGUACUUUAUGGAGCUUCCUGCCUACUUCUUCAUAAGAAAAAAAAAAAAAAGAAAAAGAAUCCAUUUCAUUCUCCCAUAUAUAUUUGACAAUUUUUUUUUUGACUCCACCAUUCUUUCAAUUCAAUAACAAAUAAAAUUACCAAUUAUUUAACCUUUUGAUGAUGAUAAAUAUAUAUAUAAUAACAC